AUGUGCAAGAAAGCGAGCUGCGAUACAUGCAAGAAGGCGACGUGGUGGGGCUGCGGCGCCCACGUCCCGAUGGUGAUGGACACCAUCCCGGAGGAGGAGCGGUGCGCCUGCGAGCCCAAGGUCGAGAAGGGCGGCAAGGAGUACCCCCCCAUGGCCAAGUCGCCCUCGUGA